AUGUCGCUUUACGAGCCUGCCAACGGGAUUCUUGAAACCCAUGUAACAUGGGAAGAUGUCGAGAAAGAUCUUCAGAAUAGUCUCGGCACUAAAGCUACUUUUGGAGAGAAUAAGACCGCAAGCAACAUCAGUGAUUUGAAAGGUUUUAUGUCAAGAAUUGCUUGCGUCGAACCCGAUUGGCAGAAUGUAGAGGAUGGAAAGAAGCUUCCAGUAAGGUUUGCUCUCAAGAUUAGCUCACAAUUGGCUCUUGUAGCUCUAUCAAAGAUGUUGAACUUUGGAGGAGGCAACGGAUUUACUGAGGAAAAAUUGAAGAAAUUCUCCAAAUUGACAAGAAAGAGCCACAAUAUUGAAGUUGAGACCUAUAAAGUUUUAACAAAAUUCAAUCAUCCUGAUAUUCCGUACACAAAAGUUUACUCUUUGAAACCUUUCAAUGGUGAAGAUGAUUUGAAGGGAUAUUUGAUUACUGAUUUCAUUCCGAAUGUUCACGUCAUUGAGGCGUAUAAGUCAAUUCCAGCAGAUAAUAUAGCUGCAACAAUUCGCGGAAUCGCCACUUUUUCUGCACUUGCCGAACAUCUCGAAAGAGAAGAACAGAAGAGUUUCAUGAGUACUGAUUUUUUGGAGCUACUAUUCGAAGACUUCUUCACUGAUGCAGAGCUGUCUAAGAAAUUUGAGGCUCUUAAAACUAAAUUUGAAGGUCAACAACACGCAGAAAAAGUGUCGAAGCUUAUUAAAGUGUUUGCACAUUAUAAGGCGUUGGUGAAAAAAUAUACCAAUAUCUCGGACCUUCUAGGUCUGAAACCCGUAUUUAUUCAUGGAGAUUUAUGGCAAUCAAAUAUUAUGUUUACACUCGAUAAUAGUAAAAAGUUGAAAUUAGAGGCGAUUAUUGAUUGGCAAAGUGUUUCACGAAUUCCACCUGGGAUCGAUUUAUCGAGAAUAAUGUUGGGAUGUUUAUCUGCACAGGAACGUCGUGAAAGAGGAACAGAACUAUUGAAACUCUAUCAUGAAACCUAUGCGAAGGUUUUUGGGAAAGAACUAUUUACGUUCCAAGAGCUUCAAGACUCCUAUAACCUAUAUGCUCCAAUGAUGGCUAUGCUGAUUCUUCCGAGUUUAUCUUCUUUCCUCGAUUCAGCACAAAUUUCAAAAGAAGAAAAAGCUGCAGCUGCAGAAGAAGUUAAUUUGAAGGAGGUUGCUAUGAUUGAAGACAUUUUGGACAUUCAUGAGAGUAACUUGAAGAAAUUCUCAUCUUUCAUGGAAAUUUAAAAUGCUUUAUUUAUAGUUUUUAGAGUGGCUUUUAAAUUGUCAAAUAAAUUCUAAAUCAAAACUGAAAAGGCA